AUGUUUCAAAGAAACAAACCAACAAGGAAACCUCCCUAUUCAUUGGAAAUUCCCACAUCCAUGCUACAAGUGGUGGAUGCUAUAUGUUUGGGAUAUCCCUCGAUCAGUCGAGAGAGAAUUAUUGUCUUGUUGAAAAAGUAUCAUUAUUCGGAACAAAAAGUGAGAGAAUAUUUAGAUCAAUGGAUGAGAACAACAACAUCCAAUCAAAGUCUCACCACUUUCCAUGGCAACUCUCUCUCAGAUCCAUUGAAUCAAAAUCCGUUUGCAUCAUCCAAUGCAAUUGAUAUCCACUCUCCGAUCCUAUUUAUAAAUAAUAAUAAUAAUAAUAAUAACAACCGAAAUGAAUUAACGGACAAGUUUGAAAACAUCAAGGAUCAAACCAUUGCUGCUGCAUCUCCUAUUUCUGUACAUCAAGAACAUGUAACGACUAAUUUUGAAUCCAACCCGAAUAGCAGCCUAGCAUCAGAAUCAAAUUCGAAUAAGAUCAAUGAAGUAACUGUUACUUCAUCAAAAAACGUGAAAGCAAAAAGAAAGGGAAAUGUUUCUUCACAUUUAUUUAAAUUAACUUGUCAAAUAGAUUCCUCAGCACUCUCAGGAUCAUUUUCUGAUACAUGGAUGCAAAUUACACAAUUUAGGAAUUCUCUCAAUGAAUCAUUAUUUGAAUUGAGUGGAUUGUUGAAAGAGGAAAUUAAAGGAGUUUGUAACACUCAACACGUAGAAUCAUUACCUAGAUCUACUGCUCUUCAUAUCGAUCUUGUAAAUAGACAAUUAGCAGAAUUAGAGUCAUUUGAACAAAAUCUUCACAAUUUCAUCACUCAAAAUAAUACAAUGACGCCAGAAAUUUUGAAUGGAGUUGAGACCAGAGAGAAAAUGAGACAUGAAGUUCUUGACAAUUUACGAAAUUUAUCAAAAGAUCUUCAGGACCAACUCUCAAAAUUCGAACAAAAUGAAAAACUAGUUUCUAACAUUUCAGAAAUGGAACGACUUUUAAACCUUGUACAGCCUAAAUACCAAACAAUCAAUAGCAACACCACACAGGAUAGCAAUUUUGUUGAACUGCUAUCGAAUGCGGAGAAAUACACAGAGUACAUUAAAAAGGCCAACCAAAAGUUAUCAUUGGCGUUUCAAAGAACCAAUAAGGCCUAUUUUGAAUUUUUGAAUGCGCUACACGAUGAAAAGACCAUGAUUGAGGAAUUCAAGAACGAAACACAAGUAUCCAGUGAAGACUGUGCUCAAACAAUUGUACAAUUAACUCCUACAUUUAUACAAUGCUGCAAAAAUUCAGAUACAUUGAAUUUGAACGAAAGUGUCACUCACAUCAAGGAACUUGAAUCGUUUUAUUCGAAAAAAAUUGAUGAAAUGAGAAUAUUUAUGGAUAAUACCCCCACACCAGAUUUAACAACGAUAGAGAAUAUAUAUUCCACUCUUUGUGGUCUGAAAUCUGAACUACGAGAUGCCAAGAGAAAUCAUUUAAAGUUAAAAUUCAUGAAAGAAUCACAUGAAAUCGAUGGAGCAAGUAAGGAAGUUUUAUUGGCGUUGGAAUCUCAAGUUCAACAAGCAAGUGCAGUUGUGAAUGAAUGUGAACAAAAAAUUCAAACACUUGAAAAGGACAUUGAAACUCUGAGCCAAACUCAUCCAGAGGUGACUCUCUACUUGAAUACUAUUUCCAAACAAGAUAUUCCGAUACCUAAUUUAUUGAAAGACUCCAAACUUGAAGUUAAGAGAUCGUUAAAAGAUUACGAAAUUUUAAAAUAUAUUAAUCCAAGAGUUUUGAAAGUGAAAUUUGCAAACAAGAUAUCCAUCUUGAAACAAUAUUCCUUCUCCAAUGACUCGAGUCGAAGGCAGUUCAUUAAGGAAGUUCACAUUUUAUACAAACUCAAUCACCCUUGUGUCGUGAAAUUAGAAGCAUUUUUCAUUGAAAAAGAUUUUGUAAAUGUUCAAAUGGAAUAUAGAGGAGAUGAAACAUUGACGGAAUGGCUCUCUACCAAUCCUUCUGAAUUUGAAAAACGACACAUUUUUCAUUCCAUUGCACAAACCAUCAAGUACAUUCAUGAUAAUGGAAUUAUUCACUGUGAUAUUAAACCUGAUAACAUUGUACUCUCUCCUCUUUCAAGAACGACUCGAAGCGAACCAUGGAUUGAACCACAACAACAACAACCACACAACAUGUAUAGACCCAUUCUCAUUGAUUUUGACAUUUCCAAAGAUACUCAUUCUCUUACAAAAAGUUCCAUUACCAUCCGAAGUACACUUGGAUUUAUGGCACCUGAACUGGUUCAUGCCUCAUUUGGUAAUGAAGAAUUUACACGUUCACUCCUUUCUCCAGCCAUUGAUAUUUGGGCUUUUGGAGCCAUGAUGUUUAAAGCAUAUUAUCCAGACCAUGAAAUUAUCAUCAUGCCCAACGAGAGUAGUGCAACCAUUCCAGAUCAUUAUGAGAAUGUCUAUUUGAAAGAUUUACUUUUGCAAUGUCUUCAAAAAGAUCCUAAACAACGUAUUUCUGCACAAGAUCUAUCUUCACACAUUUACUUUCAUACUUCCAUUUAUCAUGAACUUUCAGUACAUGGUCAAUUGGUUACCACAGAAGACAAGAUGCAAUCAUUCACUCGAUUCUUGUAUCACUACAAACGAAGAAUGCAACGAGAAAAAUCUGAAAUUAUUCAAAUCAAAAUGAAGAGAGAGAAAAUUGUGACGCAUACCAUUGAAGCAUUUACUUCUUUGAGUGCUGAAGAUUUAUUGCAACGUUUACAAAUUCAAUUUUAUGGUGAAAUUGGACAUGAUUUAGGUGGACUCACCUCCAACAUGUACACUGAAUUUUUCAAGCAAUGUAUUUCUCCAGAAUUUAAUUUAUUUGAAUGUGGAGGAAAUUGUAAAACCUUCUUGCCCAAACCAAAUGCAGAUCCGAAGCUAUUUGAGGCCAUUGGUAAAAUAUUGAUUAAGGCAAUUUAUGAUCAAAGAGUCAUUCCUGAAGUAUUAUCUCCAUUUGUAUUUAAAUUUCUGUCUUACAAACCUACUUUGAAUGAUGAUCCCAACUAUUCCAAAUUACUUAUAACCUUUAGAGAUUUAGAAUUGUAUGAUGAGUCAAUUGCAAAUUCACUUCGUUUGUUACUAUCUCAUGGUGGAGUGGAAGAAUGGUGUUUGGACUUUUCUGAAAUUCCAGGAUGUGAAGAAAAGUUGGUCACCGAUGAAAACAAGAAGGAAUUUGCAUUACUCAAAAUGAGACAUGUCAUGCUGACUCAAAGAUUGGAACAACUAAAAGCUCUGAAAAAAGGUUUUGACUCUAUUGUGGAAUUACAACAAUCACAACUCAUUAUAUUUUCAUGGAAAGAGCUCAUGCUGUUAUGUUGUGGAUCUGACUAUAUCGAUUCUCAAGCCAUUAUUUCCUUAUUGAAAUUUAAAGGAUUUUCAUCGAACAGUACGACUCCAAAUCAUCUGAUUGAGGUGAUUUCUGAAUUUUCAACCGUUGAAUUGAGACAAUUUAUUGAGUUUGUGACUGGGUUGUGUGGCUUUUCCUAUUCGUGGACUCAACAAGGAUCAUCGACUCAAACACGACGUAUCACCAUCCAGAAAGUUUCAUCAUCGAGAGAGUCUCUUCCUGUAUCUCAUGUGUGCUCAUUUACCUUAGACAUGCCAGAUUAUGAUGAUAAGGAAUUGCUCAAAAUGAAAUUGUUACAGGCCAUUGAUUUUUCUUCCAACUCAUUGACAGGAUUUCACAUCAUUUAG